AUGGCUUCCUUUUUAAAGAUCUCAACCUUAAUUGCCUUGGCAGUUUCUUUACAAUCGACUUACGCUGCUACACCAGCUUGUUUAUUAGCUUGUGUUGCUCAAGUUGAAAAAGCUUCUAAAUGUUCAGGUUUAAAUGACAUUAGUUGCGUUUGUUCUUCUAAUGGAUCUGAUGUUGAAAAGUGUUUAAAUGAUAUCUGUCCAAAUGAUACUGCUGAUGCUGCUAUCCAAUCUUUUGAAUCCACUUGUAGCUCAUUUGGUGCCAAGAUUGAUUCCGCUGAUGAUGCUUCCUCCUCAUCUUCAUCAUCCACCAAGUCCAGUACUUCCAAACAAUCAACCUCAACCACUAAGUCUGAAGAAUCUACAUCCACCGAAGAUUCAACAACCAAGGAAGAUUCUACUUCUACUGAAGAUGCAUCCUCUGAAAAGAGUGAGGCCACUUCUACUUCCAAAGAAGAUUCAAGCUCCGCCAAGACCGAAGAAGAAACUACUGCUACCACCACUUCCGAACAAAAGACUUCUUCUUCCUCCGAAGUUCCAACCACUUUACAAACUUCUAAUGCAACUGAAAGUACUUCUUCCGCCACCUCCAGUUCUGAACCAGCUAUUGUUUCCACUCAAACUGGCUCUGGUGCUAACAAGGUUGCUGUUGGCGCUUUGAUUGGUUUAGUAGGUGCUGCUUUAUUAUAA